AACGAAUUGAACAAACCAUUGGUAUACUUCGUAAUAAUCUCUUUCAUUUAUAGUUUGUUAGGAGGUUACGACUAUAGUUCUUCCGUUUUCGAUCGGACUCCGAUUCCGUCAUUUCGAGUUGUCCAGUCGGCUAAAUUCGUUUUCCCUAUUUUUUUUUAUUUUAUUAAAUUUCUUUUAAACCAUUUGAUUAACAAUGCCGCCCAAAUUCGAUCCAAGCGAAGUCAAAGAAGUGUACAUGAGAUGUGUUGGAGGAGAAGUUGGCGCUACAUCUUCUCUUGCUCCCAAAAUUGGUCCAUUGGGUUUGUCUCCCAAGAAAGUCGGUGAUGAUAUUGCUAAGGCUACAUCUGACUGGAAAGGUCUAAAAAUCACUGUUAAAUUGACCAUCCAAAACAGAGUAGCUACAAUUUCUGUUGUCCCUUCUGCAUCAUCAUUGGUAAUCAAAGCUCUUAAAGAACCACCACGUGAUAGGAAGAAGGUCAAAAAUGUUAAACACAAUGGUAAUGUGACUUUGGAUGAAAUCAUUAACAUUAGCAGAACAAUGAGACCAAGAUCAAUGGCCAGAACUUUGGCUGGAACCGUAAAAGAAAUUUUAGGAUCUGCUCAGAGUGUAGGAUGUACUGUUGAUGGAAAAAAUCCUCACGAUAUCAUUGAAGCAAUUGAUGAUGGCGCUGUAGUUGUUCCAGAAGAAUAAAAGUAAUUUUUGUUUGUGCAAUUGGUGGUCAAAUAAAGUACUUUAAUUCUUUCAACUUUAU